UUAGUAGCUUGACUCGAUUUAAAAACUGACCAUACACAGAACAAGCGUAUUGAAUCAGUUUUGAGAUAUAAACACCAUAUGCAGGUGAUAAUGGAAUAUUGCUACAUAAAUAUGGGAAGCUGACGAUGGGGAAGAUGAAAUCAUCCCGUUUGUCAUACAGUUGAGUUGUCAGUUUGCCAUUAAUAUCUACUUUAAUCUGUAGUCAAAAUCGGUAUUAAAACACACUCUAACAAUCAGUACAAAAUACGUCAUUCGACCCAAUGGCAGACUAUAUUUGCAAGUAACAUCAUCAUAAUGCCCACUGAAUGUUCGAUAUGCUGAUUUCAAACUAAAGGUAUUUCUAUUGGAAUAUCUGUUAGAUAUGUUCACAACGUUUUAUAGAUAUAUACAAUUCUUGACACUACACGGUUUUCGUCCAAACAUGCAAGACAAUUUGAAAUGUUUCAUUCAGUAGUGUUUGAUUGGUGUAUUUGUUCGUAAUCACCAGUCAUUGUAAUAUCGGACAAAAGAGAUCGGCAAUACUGGAGAAAUAACACAAAGGGCACGCCUGUCAGAUCACGUUCAUCCGUGGAGGUGCAGGACCUCUUUAUCUCUUGUCACCAAUUAAAAAUAUCAAAGAUAACUGCACGCCCGACAUUAUUUAUUUUACUUGAAUUGUUGAACAUUUGAAACCAGAGACGUAAACUAUUAAGCAUUCCAUAGUUGUAAACGAGAAAGUAAAGAUUGAAAUCAGACAUAGGAAUGAAAAGCAAAAGGUGCGGUUUUGAAUAUAUUAUAUAUGAGGGAUAAUUUGAUUCCGAAAGCCGUGGGAUGCCCUCUAUAGUUUUUGGAUCCAAUGACUUCCCAUAGGGUACAAAAAGACAACAUGUAUUAUAUAGAACAUUGUUAUAUUAUGCUUAUAUUAUCCUUGGUAAAUCUGCAUUAUUAGCGCCGGAAGUGACCCUUAUAUUUCUCAUUACGUAGUUCAUUGUUUGUGUGGGGUUUAACGCCGUUUUGGCAAUAAUUCAGCCACUUUACGGUGGGAUAUGUAAUCCAAUGAUAUUAUCUAUCAAAACGUGAUUCAUAUUUCCAAAUCUUCUAAAGAGGUACAGUGUACUGUUAAGGUCGUUUGUUUUUCAUUUAUUCAAGUCAUAAUCCCCAAGUACUAUCUAUAUAAUUGUCGUGAUUUUACAAUUCACUUUGCCAUGUUUCUUCGUGAAAUACAUUAAUUUAAGAUCAAGUUACAACACAACCAAUUCUAAUUUUGAAAUACGAAAAUUUAGUUCUGAUGAAUAUGCAAUUUAAAAGAGGUGAGGGUUCUAUUGUUACCUAUGUAUGGUGUUUCUACAUAUACCAGAUAUAUGCCUGUAGUAUUGAUUUUUAUCUUGCAUUACAUGACUUCCUUCUUCCAAUAAUAAUGACACCGUCAUUGGAAUUUGUUCUUUUUAAACAUUUAACGCAUCAAUGAAAUCUGUGCAGUCAAAAUUGACAUUUAAAUCUGUAACAUAAACAUGGGAGAACGCUGCAUUGCAUAUUAUGGCGAUCAAUUUGCUGUGCAAACUGGUCAAGAACUGGCCAUAGUGCAAUCGUACACACAUGAAGGUCCUUUUGACAAUAUUGGAAGUGACCAAAAUCGGAAUAUACAUCAACAAGACAGCUCCUUCAUAGCCGAGAUAUUUGACAGUACCAUAGAUAAGCGUUGGCUGAACAAUCAGUUGAGAGCGAACUACCCGUUGGGAGUGAAUUAUUCUAAUGACAACACCCCGGAAUCAAAACCUGACCCUAAGGAAGACUACGCCGAUACCUGCUGUGACAAGAAAGAACGUAAAACAAUUGUCUUGAUUACUCUGGGGAUUCUGUUCGUAGCUGUCGCGGGUGGAGCCUUGAUGGUGUAUAUAAGUCUCCUGUCACCAUCAACAGAUAAUAAUCCACCCAGAAAAUGUGAUCAAUUUUCACCAGCGUUUGGAAAAAAUUGUGAGUUUAGAUGCCACUGCUCUAAUUCAAGCGAGGUUUGUGAUAACAAUUUCGGGAUUUGUCAAAGUGGGUGCAUUGAUGGAUGGCAUGGAAACAAUUGUCAACUAAUUACUUCUGUAUUUGAUAAGUCGGACAUCGUCGCCAAUCUACCUUCUACACACUUAGUUCAAUGCACUAUUAACAAACUUUGGUACAACUGGAGUAGCGUGUAUCUGACUGUCUACAACACAACAAACAUUCUCAUCAAUGUGUCUCAAGGUGGCGAGAUCUCGGCAUCAGACGAGAGGUUGAACGCUACGUUAAGCAGAGCAACCGGGACUGAGGCAGAUAAUGUUACAUUUAAAUUUCUCUUUGGGGAAGACGACUGUGACUUGGCGGGAAUGUAUAGGUGCCAAUUUGAGAUGCUGGGCAACUUCCAUACAUCGUAUGCCAAUUUGUCCAUUUCUGUACAAGGAAAGUCCUCAAAUCUUCAGAUAUCGACAAAAAACGUAUACAUCAAACGAUCUACAGACAGCAUAAACUGCACUCUACAACUAGCAGAUUCCAAUGCAGAUGUCAUUCUUACCUUUAUGGAUAAAGAUAAUAAUACUUUAAAUUUGACAACUGCUGAUGAACAAAUUUUAUUCCCUGAAGCGAAAUGCACCAACCUGACAACGUUUAUUUACAACUUUAACGCCACACAAGAGCUGAAUCAAUCGAGGGCUAAGUGUACUUUGCGAAGUGAAGCAAAUGGAAUUGUUUUGGAAUCCAACGGCUCAGUUAUCAAUAUUGUUUCUAGAUCUGUUUCUGUGGUUGCUGUGAUGGAACCUAAAAGCCUUGAGAUUGUGGCUGGAAAAACUGAUGAAUUGACUUGCUUUGUCAAUGUGAGUAGCUAUAAAUGGACGGCCAUUCAUUUAGACUUUCACAACGAAUCCCUCACUCGAAGAAUUGUCACAAUCGCUAACAACACGAUAAUUUCUGAUGUUGACCAAGUGAAAGCAUCUUCGAGUAUAGAUUCCGAAUAUGUGAAUGUUACUUUCAUCUUCAAUCCACUGACGUCGACGGAUGGUUGUUCUCUCUCUGGUAGCUACACGUGCUUAAUAGAUUUGGUGGACAAAUAUAUUGCAACUGAAAACGAUAGUAGUGCUGUCACUUUCACAGCUCCUUUGUCUGCUAUUGAAAUAUCUGCUGAUUCUUCAUACGUCAGUGGAUCCAAUUCAACGAUCAACUGUACAGUUGACCUUGGUGAUAGGUCAAACACGGAUGUGAAAUUAGAAGGUUGUCAAGGAGGAACGCACGUGGACUUAAAGGAGAUAGGAAUAGCAACUCGGGACAUACUGUACCCCAAUGAUGAUCAAGGAGUCAAUUGUACAAAUCAAAUAAUUUAUCGAUAUCACCUAACAUUUAUGGACAUCAACAACAACAUGUUAGUCCGCUGUCAUAGCAACGAUAAUCUCUACAACAGCAGUAUAUCAACAAAAUGUGUAUCAAUAAAUAUCACACGAGUCCAAGCUACCAUGGAACCAUCACUAUUAUACGGAAAGUGGAGUUCCAAAGCAACCUUUGAAUGCAAAAUUCCGCUCUCUGAAAUUUACUUCUCCACAUUCCAAUUUUUUAACGAUUCUACUUCUCCCUUGCUCUCUAUCACCGCAGAAAAUAAUUUUACAAUUCCACCACAAAACGAACGAAUCUCAGCGGUAUAUACCAGUUCACCACUAGAAAACUACAGAGCGGUAAAUAUUACAUUUGACCUUCGACCUGGUGAUGAUUUGUGCAAUUUGAUUGGUUCUUACCUCUGUCGGGUAAGAACUUUCAACGAGAGUUUGAUUCUUCCUACAGACGACGAAAGCCAAUUGAUCAUAGCAGCUCCUCCAUCCAACGUUUCCAUUGAAAUCAAACAGAUGUAUGUCAUUGGCGGAAUAAAUGAAACCAUCAACUGCACAGCAAUAAUUAACCUAAACACAACUACAUUAUCACUACACUACAAUAUCAGUGGAAGUUCUACAACCGCCCCACAAAACAUUACCCAGACGAUUGUCGAAUCUGAAAUGACAGACGACUGCAGACAUCGAGUUCGUGUCGUAAACGUCUUUGCUCCUAAUCUUAGCUUGGAUGGGUUUAUGGUGGUUUGCGUGGCCAGUGAUGUGAUAUUUGGUAACGGGUUUCGUUCUAAAGAAGAAACACUAAAUAUAUUUAGCUUGACAUAAUCAUAUUAUGUUCUUAAAAUGUAUUUUCAUUUUAAAUGCCCAUGAUUUGAAUAAUUUUGUUUACUUCUUUGAGUUUGUUUAAUUUCAUGAAAAUAUCAAGUUUUACAAGAUAUUAGGAGGUAUGAAAAUAAUAUCUAUCAUUCAUACGAACUAAUUUGCAAUAACCUAGUUCAUCUUGAGAAUUCAUUGAUAAAAAUGAAAAUGGCGAAUAUGACAAUCAUGUUUUAUAUUGACAUAUCUAAACUAUGUUAUGCAAGAAAUAGUUAGCAUGAGUUAGCAUGAGUUUUACAAGUGGUUAAGAUAAAUUUUCAGAAUACUAGUAUUAGAUUUAUAUAGUAAAUAAAAAUUAAUAUUUAUAUUCACAAUUUUGCCUAAAGAAUAUUAGAAAAACAAUUCUGGUAAUUUGGAUCUUGUGUUUGCUGUACAUUACAAAUCAAAAGAUAAGAAAGAAUGAAAGGUGAAGAUAACGAAUAACGAUCAAUCUCAUAACUCCUACAAGCUCUUGACAUGGCACUUCUGCACUGAACAAAACACCCGCAAAAUUGAAAAGAUUCGGGAAAGAGCUCUGAGGUUUAUCUAUGGUGACUAUAAAAGUACUUACGAAAACCUAUUAAAACAAUCUAAAUUGCCUUCACUAAAAACCAGAAGAAUACGAACAAUAGCUUUAGAAACUUUUAAAAUUAUCAACAAAAUGUCCCCACUUUUUUUUUUUACAAGAUCUAGUUGUUAUAAAAAACCAUUCAUACAAUUUUAGAUAUACAAAUACAGCGGAAGUACCAAGACCUAGAACAACCAGGUACAGGAUUAAAUCUUUCAGAUAUGAGGCAGCAAAGCUCUAGAACUCUUUGCCAAACGAAGCAAGAAAUAUUACAUCAUAUAAUCUAUUCUCAAAUUAUAUUCAAAAUUGGUGUGGGGAAUUAAAUUGUAAAUGCAGCUCAUGCAAAUUCCAGCCUCUCCUGCCUAAAUCUUAAAGUUUUGAUCUAACUUCUAACUAUGCUUCUAAGCUUACAUGUAAAACUUAUACGGUACCAAUUUUGAUGCACCAGAUGCGCAUUUCGACAAAUAAUGUCUCUUCAGUGAUGCUCAACCGAAAUGUUUGAAAUCCGAAAUAACUAUGAGGUUUUAGAUCUAAAUAUAGCCAAAAACAGCGUGCCAAACAAGUGGAGCCAAAUUCGUCCAAGGAUAAGAGCUAUGCAUGAGGGAGAUAAUCCUUAAUUUUGAAAUGAAUUUCUAAAUUUUAUAACAGCAAUUAAAUAUACAUCCGUAUUUUCAAGCUAGUAACGAAGUACUUAGCUACUGGGCUGUAGGGACAAAUUUAACUGUUUUAUUUUUACUCCGCUCUGUCUCUUAGGUAUGCAUAUUUAUUUAUUCUAUGUAUAUAUCCACAUUUUUAUGUUUGUGUUGCAAACUGUUUUCAGUGCUGCAUGCGCAUCUUAAUAUAGCUAGUCCCUGUGUAUAUAUAUGCAUGACUUGUGAUGUCUGUAUACAUGUAUGCGUCCUGUUUUAUCUCAAAUUUCUGUUUUUAUGUCUAUGCAUGCAAUUAUAGAUCAUUAGUGCUUUGUGGGUUUUUUUUAAUGCUAUAUAGUCGGUAAAGAGCUCUUAGCUCAUGUUUAUUGUUUACCUGUAUAUAGUUCCGACUUUAAAUAAAAAUUACUUACUUAC